AUGGACAACUUAGUAGAUAGUUUUGAAUUUGUAUCUCUUGCUCUAGACUCAAAUAAGAAACCCCUAUUAUUUAUCGAUCUAUAUGUCCAGAAUUCCCCGGCAGAACCCCUCAGAACACUCAUAGACUCCGGAGCAACAUCAAAUUUCAUCUCCCCCUCCGUGGUUGAAAAAUUAAAAAUUCCAAAAACCCAACUCGAAAAUCCACGAGUUGUAAGGAUGUUAGACGGUACUAUAUCUCAGACUGGUCGCAUUUGGCACCAGGUUCACCUCACAGUCUCGGCCAAUGGCCACUCCCACUCUAUUCCCUUCCUUGUUUGCCCCAUAGGCAACACCCCGGCUAUUCUAGGCAUGACAUGGUUAACGGCAGAAGCUCCUCUUAUUGACUGGCAACAGGGAUUAGUCACAUUCCCUGAACAGAUACAGAUUGCCUCCAAAGAAGAAGCGGACCUAGAUCCUCUAGCAGAUCUCCCCCCUCAGUACCACAAGUUUGCUAGAGUAUUUGGCGAGGAAGAAUUUAAGGUCCUCCCCCCACACAGGGAGUAUGAUAUAUCCAUAGACCUUGUUCCAGACGCCAAAUUAUCUCCAGGCCCCAUAUAUGGCAUGACGGAUGCGGAAUCCAAGGCACUCAAACAACACAUUGAUGAAGAACUAGCCACAGGCAAGAUCCGCCCCAGUACCUCAUCUGCCGGAGCCCCUGUCAUGUUUGUCAAAAAGGCUGAUGGUUCCCUUAGGCUUGUUGUGGAUUACAGAAAGCUCAACGAAGUUACCCACAAAAAUGUCUACCCUCUCCCCAGGCAGGAUGAUCUCAUGGCCAAAUUACAAAAUGCCAAACUGUUCACGAAGCUUGACCUACGCUGGGGCUAUAACAACGUCAGAAUCAAAGAAGGGGAUGAAUGGAAGACGGCAUUCAGGACCAAAUACGGGCUUUUUGAAUACUUAGUGAUGCCUUUUGGUCUCACCAACGCCCCAGCCGCCUUCCAACACUUCAUGAAUGACCUGUUCAGAGACCUCAUCGAUGUCACAGUGGUUAUCUAUUUGGACGAUAUUCUGAUCUUCUCCGAAAAACCUGAGGACCACCCUUCCCAUGUCAGGGAAGUCCUUUCACAAUUGAUGAAGAACCAGUUAUUCUGUAAACUCUCCAAAUGUCACUUUCAUGUCACCACAGUAGACUACCUUGGCAUUGUCAUCUCCCCAGCUGGCUUCUCCAUGGACCAAAAGAAGAUUGAAGCCGUUACGUUGUGGCCCACACCUAAAACGGUCAAACAGGUCCAGGCCUUCUUAGGUUUUGUCAAUUAUCUCCGCCGGUUCAUUCCCAAUUUUAGCUCUGUUGCGCGACCUCUACAUAACCUCACCAAAAAGGAAACCCCUUGGUCAUGGGGUAACCUGGAGGAAACUGCUUUCCAGGGACUAAAGUCCCUUGUCACCCAGUCACCUGUCCUAAUCCACUCCAAUCCCAGUCUUCCCUACUACCUAGAAACGGACGCGUCAGGAGUAGCCAUGGGAGCCAUCUUAAGCCAGCAAGGAGAGGAUAACCGCCUUCACCCAGUCGCAUAUAUGUCCAAGUCCUUUUCUGGCGCAGAAGCCAACUAUGACACCCACGAUAAGGAACUUCUAGCGAUUAUCAAAGCCCUGGAAGAAUGGCAGAUUUUCCUGGAAGCAACAGACAAGCCAAUUCAGGUCUUCACAGAUCACAGGAACCUGGAAUAUUGGAGGCAGGCUAGGACCUUCAACCGCAGGCACACUAGAUGGCGCAUCUUCCUGAGUGACUUCAACUUUGAGAUCCACUACCAACCGGGGAAACAAUCGGGGAAACCAGAUGCACUGUCCCGACGCGCAGACUAUGUUGAUCUCCCCCCCGAACCAGAAGUUAUGAUCCCUACAGAAGUUUUUGCCAAUACAUCAGAAGAGGAACUGGAAAUUGUCACGGAAAUCCGCACCAAGCUCAGAGAAGACCCAUCCCUUGAGUCUAUUAUCCAAUUCCUCACAGAAGAUGCGGACAACGCUCCCCCCUCCAUCCGUAAGGCAUACAAGGAUUAUGACUGGGAAGAGGACCUCCUCUGGUACCGUGGCAAACUGGUAGUCCCAGACUCGGAAGCCCUGAAGGAACGGCUACUCAGAGAAUUCCAUGACGCACCCCUGGCAGGACACCCUGGACAACAACGUACCUUGGAACUACUAAGUUGUAACUACUGGUGGCCAGGCAUGAAGUCCUCCGCCAAGGAAUGGGUGGAAUGUUGCCCGGUAUGCCAAGCCAAUCAACAAGCCCAUGCACCAGUCAUAGCGCUAAAACCGCUGGAAGUCCCCCCAUUUCCAUUCCACACUAUCUCGUAUGACUUUAUCACAGGAUUCCCUAAGUCAAAUGGGCACGAUGCAAUCCUGGUAGUCAUUGACUCCUUUUCCAAGUUCGGGCACUUUAUCCCAACCUCAAAAAAGGCAACCGCUAAGGGGUUAGCAGACCUAUUUGUCAGUCAUGUCUGGAAAUUGCAUGGAUUACCGGUUAAAACCAUUUCGGAUUGUGGAACCACAUUCACAGGAAAGUUUCUAAGGGCACUAUACCAGCAAUUAGGGGUUAAACCGGCCUUCUCAUCAGCCUACCACCCAGAAUCUGAUGGCCAAACGGAGAGGGUGAAUCAGUUUAUUGAAUUCUAUCUCAGAUCAUAUGUUGCUGCAGACCACUCCGACUGGGCUACCUGGUUGCCACUAGCGGAAUACGCUUACAACAAUGCAAAACACUCCGCCACGGGAAAAACCCCCUUUGAAUUAGUCUAUGGCAGAAACCCCGUCAUGAAUCCGUCAAACGUCCCCGCUAACGUCCCAGAAGCAGAUCUUGUGGCAGACACCUUAGCCCGGGAAUGGAAGGAAGCCAAAGCGGCCCUCAGAAUGAGCAAGGAAUGGAUGACAAGGGAUAAAGGAACAACCCCUGAAUAUUCAAUUGGGGAAAAAGUCUGGCUAGACGGAAAAAAUGUGAAACUCAGGACGAAUUCCAACAAGUUGGACCCCAAACAACUGGGCCCCUUCGAGGUAUUAGAGAAGGUGUCCAGCCAUGCGUACCGCCUCAAACUGCCAGAAACUCUCAAAAUCCACGACGUAUUCUAUGUGGGAUUGUUAUCCAGGGCACAUAUAUCUCCAAGUCAACCAUUCCUGGAAAGGCCCCCUCCUGAAACAGUAGAGGGGGAAGAAGAAUACGAGGUGGAACAAAUCAUUGACUCCAAGCGACAACGGGGAAAGUGGUUUUACCUAAUCAAAUGGAAAGGCUAUGGUCCGGAAGACAAUUCCUGGGAACCAGAAGAGCUCCUGGAUCACAGUCAGGAGGAGAUCCAACGCUUCAACAAGUCACGACUGAAAAAGGCUCGUGACUCCGCCAAGAGCCUUUAA